CCUAAACUGACAACCCCAUACCAUAUGACAUCCCGGCUCUGGCAUUAAUGGCGGAGUCUUUUUUGAUUUCGUGAUGUUUUUGAAGUGUUUUAGUUCAUUUUAACUAAAACUCGGAAGCAUUUGUGUGAGAAACUCUCAAACGAAAGUUCUUUUCUCUCAAUCACCCUCGAUUAUCAAAACGAUUAUCAAACGAUUUGCAUAAAAAAAGAGGGUGAGGAGGGUUAAAUUCACAGUGGUUGUCAAUCUGUUCUGUCAGUUAACUGCCAAAGAGACUUAAAAUAAUAAUAAUAAAAAAACUGCACCAAAGUAGAAAUGAGUUGCUCUUUUGCUAUAAAGUAAUAUUUUCUGUAUAUUCGGAAAUUCCUUAUAGUGUUGUAAUCGAGAUACAAUAAUAACAUUUAUAACUGAGUCUUUUAAUGAAGCAAUGAAUGGUUUCAUAGCAGUUCACUGUGGGGCAGGUUAUCAUAGUGAUUUAUUAAAGAAAGAAUACCAGAAAACUUGCUAUGCGGCUUGUAGGAAAGCUGUGCAUGCACUGAAAGCUGGCGGAAAUGCAGUUGAUGCUGUUGAAAAAGCAAUAAUUGAAUUAGAGAAUAGCUCAUUGACAAAUGCCGGUUAUGGAUCAAACUUAAGUUGGGAAGGCUCAGUGGAAUGUGAUGCUUCCAUAAUGAAUGGCCAGACACUGCACUUUGGUGCAUGUGGUGCCGUCUCGAAUGUUUGGAACCCCAUUACAUUGGCAAAACAUUUAUGUCUCAGACAAUGUGAAAGCUUGUCUUUAGGUCGAGUACCACCAUGUAUUCUUACAGGACAAGGAGCCAAGACUUGGGCAGAAAGGAUGGGAUUGGAAAUUGUUGACAAUAAAAAAAUGAUCUCAGCGCGAGCUUUCCGCAACUAUAAACACUGUAAGCGGAAAUUAAAAAAAUAUUCUUUACAAAACGACAUAAAAUUUAGCCCACUUGAUACUGUAGGAGCAAUUUGCGUUGAUUCUAAUGGAAUUGUUGCGGCCGGUGCGAGUUCAGGGGGUGUGUCAUUAAAGCAUGAAGGUAGAGUCGGCCAAGCUGCUUCUUUUGGUAGUGGUGUGUGGGCAAUGAUAAGCAGAGAUGGCAUAAAACCUUCAGUAGCUGCCUGCACUUCCGGCUGUGGAGAACAUCUGAUAAGAACACAAUUAGCAAAGAAUACAGCAGAAAGUCUUUUAGGACCUUCACCAGUUAUAGGCUUAGACAAAUGUUUGAAGGAAAAUUUUCUGGAGUCCCCUUUUUUAUGGGAUGUGCAGGAAAGAUUUGGUGGAUCUUUAGCAUUAACAUUUAAUCCUCAAGUAGGAGAAGGUGAAUUAUUGUGGGGACAUACUACGAAAACAAUGUGCAUAGGAUAUAUGUCUACGGAAUCUAGUAAGCCAAAGUGUGUAAUUUCCUAUCUACCCCCAAAAGUGGAGUCAGGUUACAAGGCUGUUGUUUCGGGAGUUCCUUUCAAAGUAACCUUGCAGCCAAAUCCAGUGCUGCAAUGGGAAAUCAAGACUGAAGUCAAUCUAAAUGGAUCUCAUUAAUUUUUAAGAUAAUUGGAAACUAUUGAUUUUGCUAGAAAAACUAAGUCAACAGUAUUUUUUUUUUAUAAUUUCAGAAUAGAUCUCAAAGUUUUGUAUUACAGUUUAUAUGUAAAAUAUUGUUUAAUAGGUUAUAAUACAUAUUGACAAAUUG